CCGCCGGCGUCUCGGGGGCUCCAGGCUGCGGGGCGGACACAGCACCGAGCGAUCCACAGCCGAGUCCCGGCCCCGGCCCCGAGCGAGCCCCGCUGCCGCCGCCGCCCCGCGCCCGCCGCGCCCCGCACACGCCGCGGCCGCCACCGCCGGGAAGGCAGCGGGCGCCGGGCAAGUUGCGAGCGAGCGCGCCCCUCGCCCGGGGAAAGUUUCCCCCGCGGCCGCCGGCGGGAGUUGGCACGGGGUCCGGCCGCUGCCGCUGGAAGAGUUUACGGAAGCCGCCGUUGGAAAGAGACCUCGAGGCGUCUUUCCACCCCUGAAAGGAGAAGAAAGCGGUGGAAAGAGGACAAGCUGGGCCAAUAAAGGAAAUAAACAGGAGCCCCUUUGACCAGGAGACUCCAUCUCGCUGACGCCUGAAGACCUGCCCAGGCGGAGCACCAUGGAAGGCGACUGUCUGAGCUGCAUGAAGUACCUGCUGUUUGUCUUCAAUUUCUUCCUCUUCCUGGGUGGGGCCUGCCUGCUGGGCAUCGGCAUCUGGGUCCUGGUGGACCCCACCGGCUUCCGGGAGAUCGUGGCCGCCAACCCCCUGCUCAUCACGGGCGUCUACACCCUCCUGGCCAUGGGGGGCCUGCUUUUCCUGCUCGGCUUCCUGGGCUGCUGCGGGGCCGUCCGCGAGAACAAGUGUCUGCUGCUGUUUUUUUUCCUGUUCAUUCUGAUCAUCUUCUUGGCGGAGCUCUCGGCGGCCAUCUUGGCCUUCAUCUUCAGGGAAAAUCUCACCCGCGAGUUCUUCACCAAGGAGCUUGGCAAGCACUACCAGGGCGACAACGACACGGACGUCUUCUCUGCCACCUGGAACUCCGUCAUGAUCACAUUCGGCUGCUGCGGGGUCAACGGGCCUGAAGACUUUAAGUUCGCGUCCGUUUUCCGGCUCCUGACCCUGGAGAAUGCCGAGGUGCCGGAGGCCUGCUGCCGGAGGGAACCGCAGACGCGGGGCGGCGUCCUACUGAGCAGGGAGGAGUGCCUCCUGGGGAGGGACCUGUUCCUGAACAAGCAGGGCUGUUACUCGGUGAUCCUCAACGCCUUCGAAACCUACGUCUACCUGGCCGGAGCCCUCGCCAUAGGCGUGCUGGCCAUCGAGCUUCUCGCCAUGAUCUUCGCCAUGUGCCUCUUCCGGGGCAUCCAGUAGCGGCCCAGCCGGGAGCCCGCCCCCGCCCCCGCCCUCCAGGCCGGUGGAGGGGGGACCACGGGGCGGGGGGCGCAGGAGAAGAGGGAGGGAAAUCACUAUUUUUUUAACAAUACAAAAUGAAGACAAAAAUA